GAACUUAUUCACCAAAUGGAUGAGCUGAACGACGAGCUGCUAAAGAAGAUCACAAACAAUAAAAUUCAGCCUCCCCACAGGAAUUUCAAAGUGGAAAAGCCUCAGCAAGUUUUUGUGCCACUCACCUUUGAAUCCAGCACUGAAGAAGUCAAAGCCUGGCUGGAGGCCAAGUCAUUCAGCAAAGAGACCGUGGAACACCUGGGCAUCCUCACUGGAGCUCAGCUCUUCUCCCUCAACAGAGAGGAGCUGAAGAAGGUGUGUGGUGAUGAGGGAAACAGAGUGUACAGCAAGAUCACGGUGGAGAAAAACCAGCUGGAGAAAAGCAGAGGGGAGUCAGAGCUCCAAGAAAUCAUGAAGCGCCGCCAGGAAAGGAUUGAUUCUGCUAAUUAAAGUCUCUCUGCUUUAUUUCAGCUCUUAGCCCUAAGUAGUGCAGAAAAAAAGGGAAUGAAAGCAAUGAUUCCCGGCCCAGGCCGGAGGCAGCAGAACCCCCCUUGGGGUCCAGCUGCCAUCAGAGUGACAACUCCUUAAACACUGUUGGGAAGGGUUGACAAUGAGACCACAUCCCACUGGGAAAGGUGUUUUAAUUUUGCAUGAAGUAUUUUUUUUAUAACUAUAUAUUUUAUACUGAAAUUUUCCGUGCAUGCGAUCAGAGCAGGAUUCCCACGGGGCUGGAUGUACGACCAGGGCUGGAUCAAACAAAGACCCCAGAGCUUUUCUCCGAGGGCUCUCCCUGCUCCCACCCCUCGCUGGCAGAGCAGGCCUGGCACACAGCUCAGGAGGGGCCAGCCUCAGGGCCUGCCCCUGCACCACGGGAACAAGGCUUUGGAACCCUGCAGUGGUUUGGGUUUAAGGAAAGGACAUUAAAGCUCAUCCUGUUCCACCCCCAUCAUGGGCAGGGACACCUUUCACAAGGCCAAGUUGUUCAAAUCCUGUCCAGCCUGGCCUUGGACACUUCCAGGGAUGGGAAGUAACGACCCCUCUGGGCAACCUAAGGCAGCCCCAUUUCCAUUUCCUCCUCAGUGCAGGUGUCCCCUGCAGCCCAUGAUCCCAGCCCGGUGACAGCUCCCUGUCCCCCUCCUGUCCCCCUAUGUCCCCUCACUGGACAAGGCUGGAAUGGCAACACACAUUCCCAAAGUCUGGCUGCCUCCUUAAAUCCACAGAGCAGUUAGUGCUGUCUCUCAACAGCUGAGAUGAGCUCUCAGGGCCUAGAAACGAGCAGGAGUGACAAACAAAGGGAUCUGAAGGUGCACAUAGGUGAGCUCCACCUGCCCACUGCUGCUGAUGCACAGCCCCGGGCUCAGGGCAGCUGUGCAGCCCUUCCCUGGGCCACUGAUCCUGCACUGGAAUGUUGUGGGGUUGCCAAACCCGCCCUCAAACCAGGAGAAGAUAAGCCCUGACCAUUUGCUCCUGUCCCAGGCACAGCCACAGCCCUUCCCAGGGUGUUGGUCACUCAUCCCCACCUUCACAUUUUCACUGUAAAAAGCUGAAAUUAUUCCCAAAUAGCUGAAACGCCAAAGCACACUGGGAAAGGCAGGUUUAACUCCAAAUAAAUGGGCACAAAGAAAAAAAAAAUCUAAUUUAGCACAGGGUGUUGCUCUUGACUUCCUGUUUUCCUUCAUAAAGUUAUGUGCAUUUAUAUAUACCAAUCUGUAAAUAGGGGGUGAGGAAAAUCUCCCUCCCUAGGGGCAGAAUUAGUGAUUAUGCUUCCAAAAUUUACUCACAAUUUCAUAACUCAAGCAAGCAGCAUAGUUCCUGUCCACAGCAAGUGUGGCACAUUGCAUCUCUAUCUCUGUUUAACUGACAGACCAACCUGAUUGCAAAGCACUGAAGCAAACACAGCUCCAGAGCUGCCCACAGCCCAGGGACAGUUGGCUUUUCUCUCUCAGCAUGGCUGAGUCUUUGCCCAAAUUCGUGUCUGUCCUUACACAUUUAAUGGAAAAAGCUUUAACACAGUGUUGGGGAACUCGUGUCUCCAUCUGAGAGCACCAGGGCACCUCAGUUUUGGCUUUAUUCCUGACUGUCUCCAAUGGAUAAUCUGUUUUCUUCAUUUGAAAGAGGGCACUGCUGGCACCAGCAGAAUUAGGGUGCAGGCAGGGGGGGAUCCUGGGUUUAGUCAUGGCCCUGCUGGGAUCUGAAAAGGGCACUCACCUUGUCAGGGAGGGAUGAAGAGGACAAUCCUCCUGAGAAGCCCUGGCUCUGGAUUAGGGAGGAGAAGGGAAGCAGGAUGGCAAGCACAGGAGGUGGAAAAGUUUCUGAAAUGAAAAUAAAAACAAAUGUUGAGCUAGGAAACACACCCCCUUCUAGUCCUGGGGUGUAGAGGAAAGCAAAUCACAGGGAAUUACAGUUAUCUGGGAUUUUAACAGAAGUGUACACGACAGCUCUGUAAUGCUGGGAGCCACAGGAGCACUUCCCAAAACAAAUAUCUCAGCAGACCUUAUUGCAGAGGUCACUUUUGCAAAUUUCCAUUAGACUGAGCUGUGCAUCUGUUCUGUUUGUACUGCCUGAAGACACUGCUAUAAAGUACUGUACAUUGAUGUAACUGAGCGAAGGAGACAAUGAUAUAUAACCAUGCACUGUACAAGAGUUAUUAAAAUAGUUAAGUUAUACUUCUAAA